AUGAUCGGCUACUGCAUCGUUCCCAAUCAAUCUCGCUACCUCGUCUACAACUUCGUCCCCAAUGGGUCCCCCAAAUGCUGGAUUUUCCCCCAAAAAAUUGGGGGAAACGGAAACCCUAACCCUAGGUGCUUGAGAUUCGACCUCAGAUGCAGAGUCGCCAUCGACGUCGUGAAGGCGUUGAAUUACCUCCACAGCGACUGUCGAUCCAGGAUCCUCCACCCCGACGUCAAGCCGGAGAAUAUCCUCCUCGACGAGAACCACCGCGCGAUCGUCUCUGAUUUUGGGCUCUAG